AUCCACUCCACUCCCAUCAGUUCGUUCAGUUCGGUUCGGUUCGCUCGAUGCGUUGGCUCCACCAGUAGUCAGUUCAGUUCAGUUAGUACGAGUUAGUCGACAGACAAAGUCCGCCGUGGUCAGAGCAACGAACGGAUUGCCAAGUGCUAACUACCAGAUACAAGAUACAAGAUACACAAACACGGAUACUCACGCACGGCCUGUCGGUUGCCUUUUUGCUUAAUAUAUACAUACAUAUAUAUUUAUAUUUAUACAUAUAUCAGUGUAUAAAUAUUUGUUAUUUUUUUUUUUGAAAAAACGACGCGCGAGGGUGUCAUAUACUACUAGUAGUACCUAUAGAGACAUUGCCGAUCGACGACGGCCAGCGAAUAUAUAGGACAGCGAGCGAGUGGAUAUUUUUUGACUUAUUUUUUGUGAAAACCGCGACAAGUGUUUAAAAAUAGUUGCCCAGCUAAACACUAAACUCCCCCUUAGCCACUUAGACACUUUUUUUUAGCCACUUAACAAAAACCACAACAAAAAAAACAACAAUAUGGUCGAGACCGUGGUCACCGUUGAACGCACAACAACAACAACAACAAAUGGUCCACCCGGAGGCGCCAAUCCAGCCGGCGAUGGAGGAUUCUGGGGAGCCAUACGUCUAAAUAUUGACUAUUUCCGCACCAUUCCGGGCAUUAUAAAACUUGUACAAUUUAUUCUGGGCAUCAUCUGCAUGGCCUUGGCUGCUCCGCCCCUGAACUCGGCCACCUCGUUCUUUAUGUUCGUGAUCGUGAUCUCGUUCAUCAUCACCAUCCUGCUCAUCGCCGCCUACUUCCUGGGCAUUCGUGAGGCCCUCAACGUGGCCGUCAAUUGGGUAUUUUCGGAACUGAUUACCACUGCUGUGCUGACACUGUUGUACUUCAUUGGGUUCAUUGUCCAGCUGGCCAGGUGGUCGGAUGCCAGCACUCCGGGUGCGGGCUCCAAUACAGCUGCCGGCGUCUUUGGGCUGUUCAACUUCCUGGCCUAUGGAGCGGGCACGUACUUCCUGUUCCUGGCGCACCGAUCGGGAGCCACCCACUAGAGGAUCGCAACGGAUCGGAGGCAGAGAUGGGCGGAUGGGCAGAACCUAGCGUAUAACUACUUCUAUUUGUUAACAGAUUUUAAGUGCAAUUCGCGUACUUGUGUAAUUUCGUCCAUUUUUUGUUUGUUUUCUUAAAUGAUUUUUUUUGUGUUAAUUUAUGAGAGGACAAAGGUCACCGGUCAGCUCAAUGGAAAGCCAAGCCAUGGACUUUCGCGACUUGAUAUGUUUUUAAUGUUUUUAAUUUUAAUGCCUAACUUAUGUAAAUGCCGAUGCUAAAGUUUAAGUUUUUAAAAGCCACCAAAAACAAGCAACAAUGGGCAAGGAUAAUAGGAUCCUCUGUAUCCUUGCCACACACACAUGCACCUGCGAGGCAAACAAAAAAAAAAUAUAUAUAUAUAUAUAUAUAUAUAUAUCUAUAAAAUAGUAACGGCAAAGAGUCAAGUUCAAUAAAUUAUUUGUAUUUUUCUCAA